CAAUUCUUUUGUACUUUGAUUCAGCUUGUUAUACAUUUACUAUAAAAUGAAACAUAAAUUUACGACUGAAUGUUGUGGAACAUGGUUCCGGACUUCUGGUAUAGUUUGUUCGAUGAAAUACAAAAAAGUGAGGCUUUAUAAUAAAAGGGAAGGCGAAACUUACGUUUCUUUUUUAUUCAUGCAGCGGAGGCGAAAUGCUCCUCAUUCAUAUUUGUUGAACCGAUUUUUUAAAAAUGAGUCUCAUCAUAAGUCCUGAUAACCUGCGAUACACUCAAGAUUCAAUAAGCUGCGUCUUCAAAAAUGGCAGAGGCAUCGAAAGAGCGAUUAUUGACGUUGCCAAAGGAGUAUCGUCAGUGCAUGAUUUUCCUUUAAUGGAGGUUUACAGUUUUGCUGGAAAAUUUUGGUGUCGGAACAACAGGAGACUGUACGUUAUGAAAGAGCUACAAAGGCGGGGGCAUUUAAAAGAAAUCAUUGUUGACUACGUAGGAGAAAAGUCACAUAAUAGAAGAUAUUUUAGUACAAUAACAGCCGGAAAAAGUAUAAGAGUUCGCAGAGGACAGUCAAGAAUUGCUUAUUUGCAAUUCGCAUUUCCAAAUUUAACGAUUACUGAUGACGAAGAUACUGAGGAAUAUGAUGACGAAGAUACUGACGAAUAUGAUGACGAAGAUAUGACGAAUAUGAUGACGAAGAUACUGACGAAUAUGAUGACGAAGAUACUGACGAAUAUGAUGACGAAGAUACUGACGAAUAUGAUGACGAAGAUACUGACGAAUAUGAUGACGAAGAUACUGACGAAUAUGAUGACGAAGAUACUGACGAAUAUGAUGACGAAGAUACUGAUGAAUAUGAUGACGUAGGUACUGACGAAUAUGAUGACGUAGGUACUGAAGAAUAUGAUGACGUAGGUACUGAAGAAUAUGAUGACGAAGAUACUGACGAAGAUACUGACGGCUAUGAUGACGAAGAUACUGACGAAUAUGAUGACGAAGAUACUGACGAAGAUACUGACGAAGAUACUGACGAAUAUGAUGACGAAUAUGAUGGCGAAGAUUCUGACGAAGAUGAUGCCGAUUACACAUGGCGGCGAAUAUAUUGACUAAGAUGUUACGACGAUACUGACGAAAAUAUGACGAUAUGAUGACAACAAACAUAAUGACUGAGAUGUUACGAAGAUACUGACGAAAUU